AUGCCGACGAUGCCCAAGAACAUCCUCAAGGAGGGCAGCAACGAGACGCUGACCCUCAAGCACAAGGCGCUCCUGCAGCAGCAGGGCUACGUCGACGGCGCAUGGACGGGCGCACGCAGCGGCAAGACGUUCGACGUGCUCAACAAGGCCACGCACGCCAAGAUCGGCGCCGUGCCCGACAUGGGCGCCGAGGAGACGCGCGCCGCCAUCGCCGCCGCCGCCGCCGCCUUCCCCGCGUGGGCGGCACAGACGGGCAAGGCGCGCGGCGACCUGCUCACCAAGCUCUUCCAGGCGCUGCAGGAGCACGCCGAGGACCUGGCGCACAUCAUCGUCGCCGAGAACGGCAAGAGCCUGGCCGAGGCAAAGGGCGAGAUGGCCUACUCCAACUCGUUCAUCGAGUGGUUCGCCGCCGAGGCACAGCGCAGCUACGGCCACACGGCGCAGCCGACGCUGCCGGCCGUGCGUGCCAACGUGAUCACGAAGCAGCCGCUCGGUGUGGCCGGCCUCAUCACGCCCUGGAACUUCCCGGCCGCCAUGAUCACACGCAAGAUGGGCGCCGCGCUCGCUGCCGGCUGCACCGUCGUCAUCAAGGCGCCGGCCGAGACGCCCUUCUCGCCGCUCGCCAUUGCCUACCUCGCGGAGCAGGUCGGCUUUCCCAAGGGCACCAUCAACGUCGUCACAUGCGCCAAGGGCGAGACGGAGGCGGCCGUGGGCAAGGAGAUGUGCGAGAACAAGGCCGUCAAGAAGCUCUCCUUCACGGGCAGCACGCGCGUCGGCCAGCUUUUGAUGUCGCAGUCCGCAAGCACGCUCAAGAAGCUCAGCUUUGAGCUCGGCGGCAACGCGCCGUUCAUCGUCUUCGCCGACGCCGACGUGGACAAGGCCGUCGAGGGCGCGCUGGCAUGCAAGCUGCGCGGCUCCGGCCAGACGUGCAUCUGCGCCAACCGCAUCUUCGUGCACGAGGACAUCUACGCCGAGUUCUCGUCCAAGUUCGCGAAGAAGGUCGACGCGCUCGUCGUCGGCUACGGCAUGCAGGAGGGCGUGACGCACGGGCCGCUGGUGAACCAGAUGGGCGUGGACAAGGUGCAGAAGCACGUCGACGACUGCGUCAAGGGCGGCGCCAAGGUGCUCGUCGGCGGCAAGAAGGGCGAGGGCUUCUUCUUCGAGCCGACGGUGCUCGCGGACCUGCCGGCCAGCUGCCCCAUGGACGACGAGGAGACGUUCGGGCCCGUCGCCGCGCUCUACAAGUUCACCUCGGAGGAGGACGUCGUCAAGCAGGCCAAUGACGUCGACGUCGGCCUGGCGGGCUACUUCUACACGGAGAACGUCUCGCGCGCAUGGCGCGUCGCCGAGGCACUGCAGGUGGGCAUGGUCGGCAUCAACACGGCCAUCAUCUCGCAGAACACGGUGCCCUUCGGCGGCGUCGGCUUCAGCGGCUUCGGCCGCGAGGGCGGACGGGACGGCAUUGCCGAGUACCAGAGCGACAAGCUGAUGGUGUGGGGCAAGUGA